AUGGCGGAUUCGGGAACAAUGACACCUCACUCCGAAAUCAUCACUCCUGACGACUCCAAGGCAGCUGAUGUCGAGAUGAACCCAAUCCCUGACAUAAAAGCAGUGGAAGAAAGAGAUUUCCGCCACAGACAGGAAUUUCAAGGAUGGAAACUAGCAUGGCUCACAUACCAGUCACUCGGAGUGAUUUACGGUGACAUCGGUACCAGUCCUCUCUACGUCUACUCCUCGACAUUCACCAGCGAACCAAGCCACGACGAUGUCCUCGGUGCCGUCUCCCUUGUCAUAUGGGCGCUUACCAUCAUGGUGACCGUCAAGUAUGUUUUCAUCGUCCUUCGCGCUGAUGACGAGGGAGAGGGUGGUACCUUUGCACUAUACUCCCUUCUCUCGCGAUAUGCUAAACUGGUACAAUAUGAUCCUCGACACUCGGAGUUGGUGCGGAUGGAACGCUACAACACGAAUGAUCUGCAAAAGCCCAAUUUGAUGACCCGCAGCAUCAUGGAGAGAAGUACUGUGAUCAAGUGGCUUCUCAAGGUGGUCGGGGCCUUUGGCGUUGCGCUGAUUCUGGCUGACGGUGUUCUCACUCCAGCGCAGUCGAUAUUGGGCGCUAUUCAAGGAGUGACUGUCGUGAAUCCGAGUGUCUCUAUAUCGGCAACCAUUGGCAUUUCCUGCGCAAUCUUGGUGCUGGUUUUCGCCAUUCAGCCAUUUGGAACUAGCAAGAUUGCUAGCACCUUUGCGCCGAUCGUUAUUAUCUGGAUGCUCUUUAACCUUACAUUUGGAAUCUACAACCUGGUGAUGUUUGACGCAUCUGUCUUCAAAGCCUUUUCUCCCUACUUUGCUGGUGCCUACUUGGUGCGAAACAAGCAUGAUGGAUGGCUAUCACUUGGAGGAAUUCUGCUUGCCUUUACCGGUGUGGAGACUUUGUUCGCUGAUCUAGGAGCUUUCACCCGAAGGUCUAUCCAAAUCUCAUGGCUCUGCUUUGUCUACCCGUGUCUCCUGUUUUCGUACAUUGGCCAAGGCGCCCAUCUCAUGGUUCAUCCUAGCGCCUACACCAACCCAUUCUAUCUGACUGUCCCUCCUGGCAUGAUCUGGCCCAGUCUUAUCAUCGCUAUUCUAGCCUGCAUUGUUGCAAGCCAGGCGACCAUUACUGGAGCUUACCAGCUGCUGUCUCAAAUCAUGAAACUUUCCUAUUUCCCUCAAAUCAAAGUCUACCAUACAUCAAGCACUUUCCACGGCCAAGUUUACAUUCCGAUCGCGAACUGGUUGAUGAUGAUCGGCACAAUUGUCGUGACCGCAGUCUACAAUAACACCACUAGACUUGGCGAGGCCUAUGGAGCAUGCGUUAUCCUAGUCUCGUUCCUCACCACUUGCAUGGUGGCCGUCGUUGCGCUCAUCGUCUGGAGACUGCCAAUCUGGGUAGUCAUUCCUGUUUUCAUAAUUUUCGCCCUCUGGGAUGGCAUGUUCCUCUCUGCCGCUCUGAGUAAGGUGCCACACGGAGCAUGGUUCACCCUGAUGCUGGCUGUCAUCUUGACGUGUAUCUUCAUCCUCUGGCGCUAUGGAAAGGAACAGCAGUGGGAGGCCGAGGAGUCCGACAAAGUUCCUCUCUGGCAAACACUCACACUGCACGACAAACAGCUGCAGCUAAGGAGCGACCCAGAAGGCCCCAUCAAGCGAACCAGAGGACUUGGAAUCUUCUUCGACAAAUCUGGUAGUGCCGUGAACACCCCAACUGUCUUCCUCCACUUCCUGCAAAAGUUCAGCGCCAUGCCGGAGGUCACGGUAUUCCUUCAUCUGCGGCCCCUGUCUGUUCCUACAGUCGCUCCCGGAGAGAGAUACACAGUGACCCGGUGUUUCACAAAGAGCAAUGACUCCACUAACCAGCCGAUCCCUAAUUGCUAUCGCCUGAUUGUACGACAUGGAUACACCGAUGAGAUUAUCACUCCAGACCUGGGAGUCCUGGUUCUGGAUCUGGUACGCACUUUUCUGAAGUAUUCCGAUGUCACCAAUGUUACCGAAACGGAUGCAUUGAGUUGCGCUUCGAAUUCGCAGGUCAUCUACAUUGUGGGCAAGGAGCAACUCAAGAUCGAAGCGGAAAGAAAUUAUUUCCGUCGCAUGAUCCUUUACAUAUUCCUACUCAUCCGGGAUUCCAGCCGCACCAAGGUUCAGAGUCUGAACGUUGAAAUGGAGCGACUGAUUGAAGUUGGCUUCGUGAAAAAGAUGUGA